GUUGAAUGCUGUUCCCGGAGGUGGAGAAGCAGGAUACGCCGACGGACCUGGAGAACUCGACGGUGACGACAUGACUUGCGGAGGCGGGGAUGGCUCUGGGCAGAAAGCCGGAGGUGGAGAAGUUGAUGGACAGAAAGCCGGACGUGGAGAAGGUGACGUUGAGACGGACCUAGGCGGAGAGGAUGAAGGACAGACGUCGCCGGCGGCCAUGGACGUCGUUUCUGACCUUGAUGGAGAAGGGUUGGUAAAGGAGAGUGAACUUGGUACAGAGCCAGAAGUUGGUAUGGAGUUUGAAAGCAGAGAAGCGAUCUAUGAAUUUUACAAAGCAUAUGGGAAGCGUUUGGGAUUUCCUAUAAGAACUAGGAGCACAACAAAAGACAAAAGAGGAAGAGAGAUUGUGUCAGUUGUACUGGAGUGUUCGCGGGCUGGUCAUAGAGGUAGUCAGUCAAAAAAUCAAUUGAAGCCCCAACCUUCAAUGCAAAUAGGGUGUGGAGCUAGACUACGUGCGCACGUAAUUUAUUCGGGACUUUGGCAAAUUUCAAAAGUGUUUCUACAACAUUCACAUCCUAUGAGUCCAACAAAGGCUAGACUAUUUCGGUGCCAUAGGAGGAUGACGCAUGGAAUGGCGAGGAAACUUGCAAUAAAUGAAGUUGCGGGAAUACGACUUAAUAAAAGCUUCACCGCGGCCGUUGUUGAAGCCGGCGGAUAUGAUCAACUUCCCUUCAUUGAAAAAGAUUGUAGGAACUAUAUAGAUAAAGUGAGACAACUUAGGCUAGGUAGUGGCGAUGCAAUUGCCAUUCAAGGUUUCUUUGCUAAAAUGCAAGACCAAUGUCCCGGAUUUUUCUUUGUAAUUGACUUAGAUGAGGAGUCAAGAUUGCGUAAUGUAUUUUGGGCCGAUAAUAGGUCUAGAUAUGCGUACAAAGAAUUUGGAGAUGUCAUAACAUUUGACACAACCUAUCUUACGAAUAGGUAUGACAUGCCUUUUGCACCAUUUGUCGGGGUAAAUCAUCACGGGCAAUCAUUGCUAAUGGGAUGUGGAUUAGUCUCUAACGAAGAUACACAAACCUUUGUGUGGUUGUUUAAAGCAUGGCUUGAAUGUAUGGAUGGAAUUGCUCCAAUGGGGAUUAUUACCGACCAAGACCGUGCUAUGCAAAACGCCAUUGCAAUUGUAUUCCCAAAUUCCAACCACCGAUGGUGUUUAUGGCACAUAAUGAAAAAGGUACCCGAAAAACUCGGAGGGGAUGCACAUAAAGAUGAAAUAUUGGAUGUUAUACAUGACUGCAUUUAUGAUUCACAAUACACCCAAGAGUUUGAGGAGAAAUGGCUUGACAUGGUUCAAAGGUUUGCACUUCAAGAGCAUGAUUGGCUUCGUGUGAUGUACAAUGAAAGAAAGCGGUGGGUACCAUGUUAUUUAAAGCCAACAUUUUGGGCCGGCAUGUCCACAACUCAACGAAGUGAGAGCAUCAACGCAUUUUUCGAUAAGUUUGUCAAUUCCAAAACCACUCUAAAACAAUUUGUUGAACAAUACGGAUGUGCUUUGCGUGAUAAGGUGGAAAAAGAAUUUCAAGCGGAUACUAGCUCAUUUACCAAAAUGAUUCCAUGUGUGACUAGAUAUCCAAUGGAAAAACAAGUGCAACAAAUUUACACCAUUUCUAAGUUCGCGGAGUUUCAAAGGGAAUUACUUGAAGGAAAGCUUUAUUGUGAUAUCAUUUUAUGUGAAGACGGUAGAAAAUAUACCGUGCAAGAGCAUAUGGAUAUUAAUGGAUUUAGGAAGAUUGUGAACUUCCAUAUUGACUUUGACCCAAUUACUU